AGUCCAUAAAACCUUCUUCGCCACCCACAACACCUCCUUCCUCCUCUUCAUCCCCCCGACACCCGAAUCCUCGUCCUUUGAGCUCCCUCCUCCUCGUACAGCAGACAUCUGCACGCACGCAAUGCUACAGCGAAGGGUCCCUUCGUCCCUCGUCCAUAGACCACUCUUUGCAAGACAGGGGAUCCCUUCGGUCGCAAAAGACUCCUCGCCUGCUUCAAAUACCCAUGGGUUCGUCGCAGACACCCUAGCAACUGCGUUUUCUACACCGCCAUCUUCUUCGCUCGCACACCUGGCCUUUAUCUCCCCAAUAGAGUCGACCCAUGGGUCCAGCUUCCAUUCCAUCUAUCCACACAGUGCUGGAGACGACAUGACACGGCCCAGGCUGUCGAUUGUUAUCAUUGUCAACUGGUUAAGCCUUAUUGGGUCCCUGUUGAUCAUCCUCCAGGUCCCUCGAGUAGCGCAGCGGGUACCAGCACAGCGGAAGCGCAUGACCAUCACUUUAUUCACAGCCAUAUCCAACUUUGGAUUCUCUCUCGCCAAUGUCAUCACAGACCUCGCUUCGACAACCACCCGUCUGCCGUGCACAUUCUCCGCCUGGUGCUAUGUUUUUUUCCAGCUAUUGACUUCUACCUUAGUCAUCGUCAGCACCUUCCGGCUCUGUGGUGUAUUCCUGUUUACGGAGCGACGGUCGUUCCCUUCGAAAUACAUCGCUAUUUGCCCCAUAAUCGCCUUUACCCUCGCAACAACGCCGGCCGCAGCAGGACACUUUGAUUUCAAUGAAUGCGGACGCUAUUGCUGGUUCACACCCACGCUGGUCCAGGUUGAUUGCAGGAUCAGGUCACUUUGGGCAUGGCUCUGCUACUAUGCGUGGAUGAUCCUCUUCUUGGCGAUCCUCUUUGCAUCGACUCUAUUUGUCAUGUUAAAGAUUGCGCUCGCCGUCAUGCACUCGCAAGCGGAUCUGAAGCGGGUCGCCAACCAAACACUCGAGUAUGUCACCGUCGAAUCACCGCCAACACAGUCGACCUCGGCCAUGGAGAGACUACGAACAAUACGCCAAAAUAUCCAAAACAGGUCCGCAUCUGUAUUCUCCUCAGGGAGCAGGCAGCGGGGAUCCGCAGGAAGCCAUCAUACUGAACACCAGGAAUCGGCAGGGGAACAGGAACAGACUCAUGAGAAUGAGAAUCAGGCCGGGUCCAUGGAUGGUCAUCCGGUCGUAGGUCCAGGACUCUUCACCACUAUGGUUUCGCUUGGGUUGGACUCGCCAACACUCCGUAGUGAGGGCAUCGUGGCUGCUCGACCCAGCGUAGAUCUAGCGCGAGCCGAGGGAGAGGCUGGGCUGGCUCAGAGUGGUUCAACCAACACAUCUUGGCCACCAAAAUUAUCUACAAGAACCGCGUCUGGUCUCCCACGCAUGCAGGAUCGAUUGUUUUUGGUGGCAAUUCUUCGGCAAUCGUUAUAUCCCAUCUCAAUCUCGGUGUGUGGAUGUAUUCAGGUCAUUGUCGAUUUGACGUUGGUGAAUUCUACGGACUAUAGCAAUUCGUUGAACCAUGCGGCCAACGUGGCGACCAGUGUCCAGGGGUUUCUCUUCUUCCUCGUCUUCAUGUUCGAUCCAGCCGUGGUGCAGACGCGUCGGCAUUGGAAGAAAUACAUGGUCUGGAAAUACUAUAUCGAGUUUUUUUACAGCCUUGCGAUGCCACACGAGGGUCGAGACUUUGAGGAGCGGUUUAUUGAAAAGUGCCAAGUCUUGAACCGAAUCGGUAAGGAAGCCAAAUUUGACCAGCUGACGAAGGCUCCGCCCUACUCAUGGUCGCUGCAGUACGACGAUCUAGCUAUGCCCUUAGACUUCCAGACGAGCUACCCAUUGUCGAAUGUGGGGUCGAUCCCGACCACAGCGGCACCGGCACGAAGCCAGAUGACACCUUCGUGCAGCAGCAACAGGAACAGCGUCAUACGGUUUGCACCCGCAGUGAUACCGAGAGUGACUCCAGAGAAUGAAGGAACACAGGUGGAGUCAUCAUCCUCGACCAGGACACGAUCAACGAUGGAUCUGCAGCGCGAGGACUUUAGGAGGACGGAUUAUACCUAUUCAUUUCCCAAUCUAUCCCCUGAGUGGAGACCGCGCAAUCCAGAUGAGGAAUAUGACAGGAUACACCCUAUGGCGAGGUUUAGUGUGGACGGUAAAGACGCGCAUGGACAUGAGGAGCAUGAACAGGGGCAGAAGGUCAAGGAGAACCGUCGCUUGUCAGCAUCAUCAGAUCUAGCGCCAGCUGUCCAUGAGAGCAGCACCUCAAACGAGGCCCUGUCAUUGUUUCAGGCUCUGUCCUUGCCACUUCAACCCGGUCGCGCCUACAGCAGCGACAGUUCGCAUGGGCACUACCGUAGGUCUUUGCGUCAAAAUCAUGUACGAGACUCGCUCGAUAGCGAUCUCGCAGGUGGCAGCGACUUGGAACUGGAAACGGGCCCAAAACGACCUCCUCACAGCCGCAGCAACCUCAGUGACCAACAGCCAGGCGACAUUCUCUUGUUCCCGAAGCUCACAAAGAUCACGACGAUUGGUGGCGGCGAUGGAAGUUCGCGACAAUACCGGCCUAUGGGUGCACGGCCCUCUAAAGCGUCAUCCGGCGGUCGUACGACACUGGGCGUCUUGAGGAAUAGCGCCCUUGGAGAGGCUGUGCAGUCAUUAACGAAUCGAUUGAGGUACGCUAGAAGCAACGAAAUGGAUCCAGUCCAGGAAAAGUACCGGAGACAGUUUCGGUUUCCGAGGCUGGCGUAUCUGAUGCACAUGGUGAUCCGACAGCUCUACAUUCCGCGCGAGGUGAGGCUGGAACCGAUUGCGAAUCCAUUUAACAAGGCGCAGAACAGGAACCAGAGGAGCAUGAGCACUUUGUUUGAACGAGCUGGGACUGGGGCUGGGGCCGGGGCUGGGACUGGGACUGAGACUGAGACUGAGACUGGGACUGGAACUGGGACGGAGGCGGGGACAGGGACGGAGACGGGGACAGGGACGGAUAACCGGGAGCAGGACUUGAUGACGACGGCGGAUUCGCCAGAUGGGGCAGCAGAAUAAUAGGGAUGUAUUCCGGAGAGGCGAGCGAGUAUUGUUGUCAUAAACAGCUGUCUAUCCUAGGCGAUGUAUCAACAAAAGACACCAUGUGCUGUACAAUAGUUUAUUAUUAUUAUUGAGAUCUUGAAUAAAUAAGCGAAGAGGCUCUAUUCUACCGCAGCUG